ACAAAGAAUUGGCUCUCUCUCGAAUGAUACGCUCUUUGCUGCUCGUCCCGAUCUUCGCUAACCCCGGUGAAAGCUUAGGAAUUUCCUAUCAAUUUAGGCCUAAAAUGGGAAAUAAGAUUCUUCAGGACUGAGAAAAAUUAUCUGAAUAUUUAUUGAUACCUUUCCUAUGGCGAAGGAGACAAGAGAAAUCGAACCGUGAGAUUGAUGUGAAAUUGGCCAGUCUCACCUUAUUUAGAUCUGCCAGCACAAAGCAAAUCGUGUACCAAACUGGCGACGUCACGGGUACCAAGCCCCCCUCCGUCAGACGUCAUGUCCUGUCCCGUGGCAGAGAACUGGUGUUAUACCCAGGUGAAGGUUGUAAAGUUCUCAUACAUGUGGACAAUUAACAACUUUAGCUUCUGUAGAGAAGAGAUGGGAGAAGUGCUCAAGAGUUCAACAUUUUCAUCAGGUGCUAAUGACAAGCUAAAAUGGUGUUUGCGUGUGAAUCCUAAGGGCCUUGAUGAAGAGAGCAAGGAUUAUCUGUCUCUCUAUCUCCUCCUCGUGUCCUGUAAUAAAGCUGAAGUCAGGGCCAAGUUUAAGUUUUCUAUACUCAAUGCAAAGAGGGAAGAAACAAAAGCCAUGGAGAGCCAACGAGCAUACAAAUUUGUCCAGGGCAAGGAUUGGGGAUUCAAGAAAUUCAUAAGGAGAGAUUUCUUGAUGGAUGAGGCCAACGGUUUACUUCCAGAUGAUAAACUUACCCUCUUCUGUGAGGUGAGUGUUGUCGCAGAUACAGUAAAUGUCUAUGGACAGUCUAACCAAUCGCAACUCAAGGUACCGGAAUGCAGAUUAGCAGACGACCUCAGUGCGUUACUAGAGAGGGCAGCAUUUAGUGAUGUCACUCUGUGUGUCAACGGUCAAGAGUUCAAAGCUCACACAGCAAUUCUUGCAGCGAGAUCUCCAGUCUUCAAUGCUAUGUUUGAGCAUGAAAUGGAAGAGAAGAGACACGGAAGGGUGGAAAUCACGGAUGUUGAACACAGUGUUAUGAAGGAAAUUUUAAGGUUCAUCUACACAGGCAAGGCUCCCAACCUUGAGAAAAUGGCUGAUGAGUUACUAGCAGCAGCAGACAAGUAUGCAUUAGAUCGGCUGAAGGUUAUGUGCGAAGAGGCAUUAUGUACCAAUUUAACGAUAGACAAUGUUGCAGAUAUCCUGGUUUUAGCAGACCUUCAUAGUGCAGAUCAACUUAAAGCUGUAGCCAUCGAUUACACAAAUAGCCAUGCGACAGAGGUAAUGGAUACCAAUGGAUGGAAAACAAUGGUGCACAGUCAUCCAGGGCUGGUUGCUGAUGCUUUCCGAGCGCUGGCCACCUCACAAAGUCCGCCUUUCAUGGGCCUGCCACGGAAGAGACUUAAGCAGAACUGACAGCAUACCUGUGCAAAAUAGACACUCCAUGUGAUAUAGACUUUUGUGACGCUGUGGUAUUUACUCUCUCUGUGAAUAGGAUCUUCUUGAAUUUUUUUGAUAUGUAGAUAAAUGAAAAGAAGGAUGUAUGUCUGGAACUUUUGUUUGCGGUGGAAAGGACUUCCUGUUGAAUUGAAUCCAUGGCCUGCGUGGGAUCAUGGAAGUGAAAGAUAAUGUAAGAAGCUGCCGAAUGAUGGUUGAGAUUGCGGUAUUGUUCACUACCAAACUAUGUAUUCUGGCAGUACAACUGAUGAUCGUGUAAGGAGAUGAGUACAUACAUAUCCAUAACCAAUGACAUUCGUUUUAAGGAUCCAAGAAUGCUUACUCUGCAGUAACAGAUUGCCAUACUUCACAUCAUCGAAGGUGGUUUUAGUGCUUCUCUAUUCCAAGUUGACAUGAAGAAAAUAUGCAACGUUGAAGGAUCAUUCAGGCAAUGCAAGGUGCAAAUUCUACACCAUUCAGCAUCAUAACUUCAUCUCUUAUGUAAACCAAGGCAAUCAUCAACAAGAUGACAUUUCUGGUUUAAUGUGAUUAUGCAAAUUCUUUUACUUGAAUUGUAGUUUUUUUCAUGGAUGAGUUGAUUAUUAUGAUGAAGAUUUUGGCUUUGGAAAUGUGAGAGUUCAAUACACCCAACGACAAUACCCAGUAUUAAUUAUCUGUAGGAAAUUAUUGUUUAAUUCACUUUUGUGUAAUGAAAUGAACAGCAAAAGCCAUUUUAGAAUUUAUUUUCAUAGUUGAUAGGCAUUUUAACAUAGCAUUAAUGUUUUAUGAACUCUAUUCAAGCACUCAUUGCCAAGGAUAUGAUUCAAAUCCAUGAUAUUUAUUUCUAUUUAAUUUUCAAUUCAUACUUGAAUGCAUGAAAAAAUGCAGACAUUGUAAUGUCAAAGUAUUCCUAUUUCUUAUACUGUCACUAUCCUAUUAAGGCUAUGGUUGCAUAAAAUCUGACAUUAUUGGUAAGUCUGCGAUUAAUGGUACAGUAUCCUUUAUUAUGGCUGUGCUAAACAGCCAACUAAACUCAAAAUUUCUGUAGAAGUUACCCUAAUAUACAAUUCGAUCCAGACCCCCCCCCUCGCACCUAGAUGAUAUGACACUGGACUUAUUUUUUUCUCCUUGAUCCUAAACUGGUGGGAAAGCAAAAGAUAAAAAGUAAGAUCACAUUUUCAUGCCAAACACUGAAACAAUUGUAAAUUGGCUAGGAAGUUGGGGGGGGGGGGCAGGACAGGACUUUACAUUUUGCACAGUAUACCUAUAUCACAAAGGAUCUCAUCAUAAUUGCAUUUCAUGUCUUUGAUUUACAAAAAAAAAAAAUUUGGAUAUGAUUUCUUUUAAGAAUGUACUUGUGACAUUCUUCCAUGAUUUUUAGAGCAAAUUUGAAGGCAAUAAGUUGACAUUUCACGAGUUGCGAUGUUAUACAUUUAUACAAGUUCUGUAGAUUACAUAGAAUUUUUUUUCCCAUCUGAAGGUACAACAGUCAAACCAAAUACUUGUUAGUCCUAUCUAUAUCAAUGUAGCCAUAUUUUUACCUUAAAAUAUUAAAACACUUCAAAGGAUUAGCUAUGGAUGGGGUUCCUGAGGUGACUUAUUCAUCUGUUCCUGUAGGUCUUGGGCUUUUAACCGCAAGUUUGGUAUAAAACUUGGUACGUAUGUUCCCUGUUUCAAUCACUAUAUAAAUCAUAUUGGUUCUGCAUUUUUUUAUUAUAUUUUCUUGUAUUUUAUUAUUCUUUCAAUUUAUAUGUCUGUCUUUGUUUCUUAAUUCCUUUUUUUUUUGUUUUUUACCAACAUUUUUGUCAAUAUUAAGACCACAAGAGCUUUUUGAAAGAAAAAAUAAAAUCAUACAUUUUUGUAUCUCAGCUUUAUAUUUAUUUUGUACAUGAAAUCACAUUUAUGAACAAAAUUUGGUCUAAUUUUAGUAACUUCUGAAGCAUGUACCCAAGUGUAUAAAUUUGAUUUCAUCUCAAAAGAAAAAAAGUUUCCUUUCUGAUCUACUUCAUGUAUGUCGUACAUGCUGUUUUCUUUUAUGAUACAGGGAUACUUCACUUAAAACCUUCAAUCCUAUUAUGUUUAAUUAAACAGAUUUUACUAGUCUAGUUUUCUCAGUACAAAAAAAACAAUCACUUAUAGAAUAACUGGCAUCUAUGAAGGGUUUUUUCAGAUAUGAUUAUUCGUAGUGUUAUUAGUAUCCAUCAUUUUCAGAGGAAUUUUGAAUAAGGAGCAUCUUGAAAAAGUCACAAAAAUUAAAAAAUUGUUUUUUCCUACUUAAAAAGAAAAAAACAUUGUUUAGGGACACUAUAUCUGCAAUAUAUUUAUCUGGCCAAAAUACCGCACAUUUGUAAGGCAAGGAAUAAACUGUUAUUGCCAAAUAACCAUGUCAUAAUAGCUGCAUUGCAAAUCUAAAACUGCCUAAAUAGGACUUGAUGAAGCAGCAUGUGAAAUUACUGGCAACAAGUCUUGAAUAUUGUAAAUAAGGAUAUAUGCCAACCUGAUCACAUUUUCCUCCUGCACAAGCAGGAAUGCUAUGGUGUCCCAUGCUGGUGAUUUUCAUGACACAUUGGCCUGAAUUUACAAAGGUAGUUAUGGAAACCGUAGGUUGAACUCAUGGUUCAUGCAGAUUUCUUGUAUAAAUUCUGUCUAAUUUACUGCGUACCUAAAAAAAUUUACUUCUGAUGGAUGUUUUAUCACAUUGUGCUAUUGAUGCUUGUUGCCAAGGUUGAGCAUGCUAUUUUGAUUUCACUGUUAUGAACAGUGGACUCAUGAACAAAAUAGCAUGCUCAACUAUGGUAACAUGCGUUAAAUUGGCGCAUCAGUGAUAAACGCACAUCAGCAUUGGACAUGAAAUUCAUACAUGAAAUCUGCAUAGACCAUGAGUUCAACCAACAGUUUUCAAGCCCACCCUUGUGAAACCCAGUCAAUGGUUCUAUCCAUACGUCUGUGAAUAGAAUGUGGUGGUUCACCCAAAUUAAAUUAUGCCUGCAGGGAUUAUUUGGAUGUAUAACUGCAAACUAUUGUUGGGCAGGUAUACCAAGGGAGUAUGUUGUCUGACAAGUUGUCAGAUCUAACAGCUUUUCUUGAUUUUGAUCAUCUGAGAAGCACUUCUAUGGUAGCUGUUGGAUCAAAAAGACUUUUUUUGGAUUAAACAUCUGACAUGUCGUUUCCGUUCUAGGCUUUCCACUGGUUCUCAGAUUUAUUGUCCAUAAAAAUGCUAGUCCUGCUUCUUCAAGUCCUCUUUGCAUUUCAUAUGAAUGCUUGCUUAACCAUGUGAUAGUCAUUUGGAAUGUUGCAGAUUAUUCUAACCUGUAUCAGGAUAAAAGUGUCAGAUGAAUGGUUAACUGGUUAAGUGAUUUGUUAUGGUCCUUGUAAGUGAUGGCAGUCUUUAUAGAGUAACACUAAAGCUUAAACAAUUAAAAAUGAGAAAGAGAGAGAGGGGGGGGGGAUGAAAUCUCCCAGAACUGUCUGUUGAAUCUUAGCAUAUUGUAAAUGAUUAAGUGUAUGUUUAUAUGGCAUUUGUACUGAAAUUUAUAUGAUUCUGAAUUCACAUCUUGUUUUUAGUUUGUCUUGUGUGUUUUGCAAAUGCACUAUGCUUAAUGAUGAUUUGCACAACUUUGUAUGUUCAUAGAAAAAAUGGCAAUUCUUCAUGUGAUUAUAAAAUGAAAUCAUUUUGAAUUUGAGCAAGAAUCUAAGGUCACCAGUAUCUUGGAUUGCUGGUCGGUUACACUCUUAUGAAAAUGAAUUAAAAAAUUUUUCUUAUUACCUUUAAUGAUUCUCAAAUUGUAGAAUCAUUUGAAAAGGAAGUCACACCUUUUAAAUAUUUUGUAAGUUGAUAAAGUUUAUUUUCACAGAUUAAUAGUAAAGGGAAUUGGUUCCUAUGGUUCUUUUGAACUGUAACAAAUUUUCAGCGAAAAAACCCCCACACAAUUUCCCUUAGUAAAAUAUAGUUUCCUAUUAAAAAGACAUCUAUACAUGGAAACAGUCAUAUUUUAGGUAGAUCCACCAUGAAGCAAUUGCAUAAAAAAGUCCCCUGGCACUUUGCAGCUAACCUGAAUUAUAUAAUUCUAGUAUUAAAAGCAUUUUAAUACUGAAAUAAUGAUAAUAAUUACCACAAAAGAAAAAAAAUUUGCGAUCCUUGAGAUACUGUGGGAAAGUACACAACAGACAAGCAUAGGAUUUUCUUCUGGUAAUGGGAUUUUUAAAAUGGUAGAGUCAUAGCGAGGAUGACAGUUCUGUACACAAUCGAUUAUUCAAAAUGUAGCUCUGAACUCUACUUAUUGAAAAUAUAAUGUUGUAUAAUAAGUGCAGAGAUAAUUGGCCCUGUAACACAAAGGUUCGCAAUCAAUGACAAUAUGACAAUGGCAAGUCAGAAUUGUUCUUUUAAUCUUGCAAUUCAUCACAAAUAUUUGUGUUACAGGGUUCAGCAUCACUAUCGAAUCGAUAUAUGUGACAUGAAUAUUCUUUUUCUUUUUUUUUAAUAAACAUGUUUUGUAGAUAGAGAAAGCUAUUUAUUUGAUACUAGAAAGAGCCUUGUUCAAUAAUAUUCUUGUUUCUUAUAUAACUGUUUGUGUUAAAAUCAAUAUCAUUGAAACUUUCCAUGUUAUUUAUGGUGCAAAAUAAGCUAGCUCAAACUGAAGAUAUACAUGUACAUCUGUUGUAAACCCUUUUUGUUUGUCUUGUGAAAUUAACAUUCAAACAUUGCUACACAGUCUUGUUACCGCUAUAUUUUCUUUUGCCUUCAUUUUACCAAGUCUCUGAUGCAUUUAUUUUCAUGAUUGCAGACAGCGAUAGUUUAUCAUCAAGGUAUUGCUUCAUGAAGCUCCUAGAAAGUGAUUUCAAAUUCACUAAUCAUUUUUAUUUGUGUCAAGAGGGUUGUAACAUAGGAAGUUGUGCUCUUCCACCAGUCACUGUCAUGGAACACUGAUGUAUAUCCAACCAUUUCUUGUAGGAUGGGGGGGGGGGGGGGUCAGAUACUUAGAGAUUUGAAACAGUUUCGAAAUCACACAAGUUUUUGAAUUACACAAAAAUAUGAACUCAAAAGUUAAAAUCUUGUUCAAUUUUGUUUCCUAUAAUGAUAACACUUUGUACUAAAAAUUGAUGAAACUUUCCCUGUUACCUUUUCCAAAUGGUGUUUAAAAUUGAUUGUCGGAACACACAACUAGGUAUGCUAUCCUAUAUAGUCACAAAUAAUCACAGUAUAAAAAUCAUGGGACUGGAGCAUUCUCAUGUGGCAUUAAUAUUUUCAUUUCUAUUUGCGUUUGUUGCUGAAAUUAUUUGAAGAAGGGACACAAGUCUUAUCAUUUAUCAUUUGUUGGACACCCCAAUUGCCCAUUUUGUAAGAUAUUGAAAUAAAGUACAUGUAUGUAGAAUACCGUA